UCGCAGCUGAGCUGGAAGGCGGAGGGAAGGAGGCGGCCGCCAGAGCCCCGAGCCAGCCAGCCGAGCAGCCGGGGAAGCGCGGCAAAGGGACGGGGAGCGGGCAAAGCAGCAGCCCGGCUCCCCCCCAGCCCCCUCCCCGCCCCCGAAUUGUAUAUAUUCCCGAGGAUUAUUUCUCUUUGAUCUUCUCCGGCCUGGCGCGCCCCGCCCGGCGCCCUCUUCUUCGCGUGCUUCCGAAGCGAACGCGGACAUUUUCCCUGCCGGAGGGGGCCUCGCCUUCUUUCCGACCCUCGCCGCCCAUCCGGAGAGCGCGCGCGAGAGGCGUGCGCGCCCGGCGCUCGCCGCUGCCCGCCACCCGUUUCGGCUCCUGAGCAGCGCCCGGCGCUCCCCCGCCCCACCCGUUUUCAUGCGAGGCUUUGGGUCAUGAUUACAUCCCCCUUGCUUUCUGCCGUAAGAAGUAGUCAGCACGGAGGCGGCGCGAGAGCUCUGGGCGGCGGCGGCGUCACUAGUAGCAGCGGCGGCGGCGGCUCCGAGCUUGCCUGGCACAGCGGACCGGCGGCGACUCCGGCCAGCGGCAGCAAGGCUUUCUUCCACGCCGUGCCCCCUUCGGACCCCCUGCGCCAGGCGAACCGCCUCCCCAUCAAGGUCCUGAAAAUGCUGACGGCACGGACGGGACACAUUUUGCACCCCGAAUACCUGCAGCCUUUGCCGUCCACUCCGGUCAGCCCUAUCGAGCUGGAUGCGAAGAAAAGCCCUCUGGCCCUCUUGGCGCAAACCUGCUCCCAGAUCGGCAAGCCCGACCCGUCGCCCUCCUCCAAACUCUCGUCGGUCACCUCCAACGGGGGCGACAAGGAGGCGUCCAAAGGCGGCCCCCUCAAGCUGAGCGACAUCGGCGUGGAGGACAAGUCGAGCUUCAAGCCUUACUCCAAGCCCGGCGCGGACAAGAAAGAGCCGUCGGCGGGCUCGGGGGCGGCGGGCGUGGGCGCCGCCUCCGGGGGAGGCUCGGGCGGCGGCGGCGGCGGAGGCGGCGAGAAGUCGGGCUUUCGGGUGCCGAGCGCCACCUGCCAGCCGUUCACGCCAAGGACAGGCAGCCCCACCUCCAGCGCCUCGGCCUGCUCGCCCGGCCUGCUGCCCGGCGAAGCCAAGAGCGGCGAGGCCGACAAGAAGGAGGCGGCGGAGGGCUGCGCCAAGGGCGGCGCGGAGGCCGGCGGAGGCCACGGCCGGCUGGGCGCGGGCUGCGGCGGGAUUACGGCGGAGCUGAGCCAGGCGCACGAGGGCGCCAAGGGCCUGCUGUCGGGCUCGGCGUCGGGCUCGUCUUCGGCCUCCUCCUCGUCGGACUCCUCGUGCGGCGGCGGCGGCGGCAACCCGGCCACGUCGUCCUCGUCCUCCUCGGCCGCCUCCUCGGUGCUGGGCUCGGGCCUGGUGGCGCCGGUGUCGCCCUACAAGCCGGGCCAGACCGUCUUCCCGCUGCCGCCGGCUGGCAUGAGCUACCCGGGCGCGCUGGCCGGCGCCUACGCGGGCUACCCGCCGCAGUUCCUGCCGCACGGCGUGGCGCUCGACCCCACCAAGUCCGGCAGCCUGGUGGGCGCGCAGCUGGCCGGGAGCCUGGGCUGCAGCAAGGCGGCCGGCUCGAGCCCUCUGGCGGGCGCCUCGCCGCCGUCGGUGAUGACGGCCAGCCUGUGCCGCGACCCCUACUGCCUCAGCUACCACUGCGCCAGCCACCUGGCCGGCGCCGCCAGCGCCUCCUGUGCCCACGACCAGGCCCUCAAGGCCGGCUACCCGCUGGUCUACCCGACGCACCCGCUGCACACCGUCCACUCCUCGCUGAGCGGCGCCACGCCGCCCUCCCUGGCCGGCCACCCCUUGUACCCCUACGGCUUCAUGCUCCCCAACGACCCGCAGCCCCACAUCUGCAACUGGGUCUCGGCCAACGGACCGUGCGACAAGCGCUUCGCCACCUCCGACGAGCUGCUCAGCCACCUGCGGACUCACACGGCCUUCCCGGGGACGGACAAGCUGCUCUCCAGCUACCCUAGCUCCACCUCGCUGGCCAGCGCCGCCGCCGCGGCCAUGGCCUGCCACAUGCACAUCCCCACCACGGGGGCGCCGGGCAGCCCCGGCACACUGGCCCUGCGCAGCCCCCACCACGCCUUGGGACUCAGCAGCCGCUACCACCCCUAUUCCAAGAGCCCCCUGCCCACCCCCGGCGCCCCUGUGCCUGUCCCCGCCGCCACCGGACCCUAUUACUCCCCUUACGCACUCUAUGGGCAGAGACUGACGACAGCCUCCGCUUUGGGAUACCAGUGAGUUUUUUCCUGCGGGUCUUCUGAUUUUUUUUUUGGUGGUCAAAUGGGGGGUGGGUCCCGGUGGGGGGGGAGACAGAUUUCAAGCGACUGCUUCCAGGGAAAAGGAGAACAGAAGGCAACCCUUGAAAACUUUGGUUAAAAAAAACAAAAGCAGAAAAGAAUUUGACUUUUUUUAUAUAUAUAUAAAUAUAUAUAAAUAUAAAGAUAGUGUUCAUCAUGAGGACUGGAUCCAUGGGCACUGUAUUUAUUUAUGUUAGCUUCAAGCUGGACAAUGAAUCAAUUAAAAAAAAAAGUGCAUUACUUAAACUUCAGCUCCAUAGGCUUAAAGGAAAAAAAAAACUAAAAGUGGAAACACCCGUUGUAGAAUAUAAAUAAAUAAAAAGAAAAGAAAAAUAGAGGUCUUCUCUUUUUAAUGUUACUUUAAAAUUGCUAUGAUUGUCUUGUACCUUCUUAUUUAAUGUCUUUUUCUGGGGUGGGAAAAAACACCCUAUAAAGCAUGCCUGUUACUAAAAAAAAGGACAGCACCAACUCCUAAGUUGCAAUUUGUCAGUUCUCAAAUUGCUUUUUUAAAAAAAGAUAUAUAGCACCCCCCCAAAUAAAAAUGGGUAUUUUUUGUAUGCAUUUUGGAAGAAAGGAAAACCCAAUUGGGAUCCUGUUCCAAAACCUCCAUUUGCCUUAUUUUUGUUCUUUAAACAGGAACACUGGGCUAUUUUUUAAUUUUUAAGUCCACCCAAGAAAAGGGACAGAAACAAGGAUGAUGUCAUGUAUUUAAAAAUAAUAGACCGUGUAUCACUUUUAAAAAAUUAAA